AUGGAACAUGCUCAGGGACAUGAAGCAUCUCUUGAGCAAACCCAGAGGUAUUGUGUGGAGAGACCAAUAUAUAACGAGGAGCUCUUGCAAAGCCAGCUGCACAAACGAGAAAGAACACCUCAGGCUUUAAGGCAGAAGAUUGCACAUUCUUGUCGUUGUUCUUCUAAGAAAGCCAAGUCUCAUCUUUACAGUUGCUUACCAAUUUUAAAAUGGCUUCCUCGUUACCCAGUGAAGGAAUACUUAUUAGGAGACAUUAUCUCAGGUAUAAGCACUGGGGUUAUGCAGCUUCCUCAAGGUUUAGCAUAUGCUUUGCUGGCAGCUGUUCCACCAGUAUUUGGCUUAUAUUCUUCAUUUUAUCCUGUCUUUUUAUAUACUUUUUUUGGAACCUCCAAGCACAUAUCAAUAGGCACCUUUGCUGUGAUUAGUAUGAUGGUUGGUGGCGUUGCUGUGAGACAAGUGCCCGAUGAAAUUAUAUCUGUAGGCUAUAAUUCUACUAAUGUUACAGAUUCCCUUGAAUAUUUUGAUGCUAGGGAUACCAAGAGGGUACAGGUAGCUGUGACUCUCGCCUUUCUUUCAGGAAUUAUCCAGUUGUGUUUAGGUCUCCUUCGAUUUGGAUUUGUAGCCAUCUAUCUAACGGAGCCUCUGGUGCGAGGUUUUACUACAGCUGCUGCGGUUCAUGUCUUUACUUCUCAGUUAAAGUAUCUCCUUGGCAUUAAGACUAACCGAUACAGUGGACCCCUCUCAGUUGUAUAUAGCAUAGCUGCUGUGCUUUCAAAAAUAACAACGACCAAUAUUGCUUCAUUGAUUGUUGGAUUAACGUGCAUUGUCCUAUUGUUGAUUGGCAAGGAAAUCAAUCUCCGGUUUAAGAAGAAGCUCCCAGUCCCUAUUCCUAUGGAGAUCAUUGUGGUAAUUAUUGGCACAGGAGUUUCAGCUGGAAUGAAUCUGAGUGAGUCAUACAGAGUGGAUGUUGUUGGGAAUAUUCCUCAAGGGUUACGUGCACCAGCAGUUCCUGAUAUUCAGCUCAUCCCAGCAAUAUUUGUGGAUGCAAUAGCAAUAGCAAUAGUUGGAUUUUCAAUGGCUGUAUCAAUGGCUAAGAUCUUUGCCCUUAAACAUGGUUACACUAUCGAUGGGAAUCAGGAACUUAUUGCCUUGGGAAUAUGCAAUUUUGUGGGAUCAUUUUUCCAAAGUUUUUCAAUCACUUGCUCAAUGUCUCGGAGUCUUGUUCAGGAAAGCACCGGUGGGAAAACUCAGAUUGCAGGUACUCUCUCUUCAAUUAUGGUACUGUUGGUAAUUGUGGCUAUUGGAUACCUCUUUGAACCGCUUCCACAGACAGUGUUAGCUGCAAUUGUCAUGGUGAACCUGAAAGGAAUGUUUAAACAGUUCGGAGAUGUCGCACACUUCUGGAGAACCAGUAAGAUUGAGCUGGCCAUCUGGCUGGUAGCUUUUGUGGCUUCUCUUUUCCUGGGACUAGACUAUGGUUUGCUUACUGCGGUAGCAUUUGCAAUGAUAACCGUUAUUUACAGAACACAAAGCCCUCAAUACAGAAUCCUUGGUCAGAUUCCUGGCACUGACAUCUACUGUGAUGUGGAAGAGUACGAAGAGGUUAAAGAAUAUCCUGGAAUAAAAAUAUUUCAAGCUAAUGCAUCGCUUUAUUUUGCCAAUAGCGAGUCAUACACAAGUGCACUGAAGAAAAAGACUGGAGUGGACCCUUGUGCCGUAUUAGCAGCAAGGAGAAAAGCCCAGAAGAGGCACGCCAGAGAAAUAAAGAAGGCAAAUGCACCCAGAAAGAAAGCUGUAUUGAAACUGGUGAGUUCUUCGACUAAUGACGUGGAAGCAAGUGUAAAACAUGAGAUAGCAAAUGAUGAGUUGCCUGUAAAUGGAAGAUCUGCAUCUCCAGAUGUUAGCAUACAAGACGUGUCUCCUGAUGAGCAUGAACAUUUUGUGGAGCCAAAACCAAACAUCCACUCUUUAAUUCUGGAUUUCACCCCGGUGAACUUUGUGGAUUCAGUUGGAGCAAAAACAUUAAAAUCAAUUAUAAAAGAAUACAAAGAAGUUGGUGUCUGUGUCUGUAUUGCCAGCUGUAGCGGCCCUGUUAUGAGUGAGCUGACAAGACUGAAUUUUUUUGAUGAUACUGCAACAAGAGAGUUGCUGUUUCACAGUAUUCACGAUGCUGUCCUUGCUUGCCAAGUGAAAGACCGGUCUGCUUCACAGACUGACUUUGACCUCUGA